UUGAUCACGUGAUAUAUUCACAUGCUUUGGUGAAUAUGGCGGUUGCUGCUUGUGUUGGUGCGAGGUGACACUUGGAUGUUUACGGUGCAAAUGAAGGAAAGGAACUUCGACUCUAUUAUGUUUUGUUCUAAAUGGCUUUGACAAGGAAGGAAGCUUACAAUACACUUGAGUUGCCCAUUGGUGCUUGUGAAAAACAUUUAACAAAGAUGAAACCAGUUCAAAGUAGAAAUGAAUUAACAGAAGAUGAAGAGAAAGAAAGGCGGCGAGCUGAGAAAAGAAGAGCUAAGAAAAAAAGACAAAGAGAAAAGAAAAAAUUAGAAAAACUGGAAAAACAUCCAAAAGAGAAUGGAAACACUUCCCAAAAUAAGGCUAAAGAUUUCAGUGAUUCCAGAAAGGAGCAGAAAUCAAAGAACAGUAAUAAACUAUUAGUUUCAGAUACCACAGAUGACGAAGCAGAUUUUGACCCUAGUUCAGCAUUUUUUACCAAUAUUGUAAAUAAGAAAAAAAUGAAUCUCAAUAUUAGUGAACAAUCUCAACUCUCCAAUAAAGACCGCAGUAAGGACAGAUCAAUCUUACAAUCUCACAGUGCCAAGAGUGAAGAUGAUAUAGAAGAACUUGAUACAGUUGUUCUCAGAAGCCGCAAGUUAGCAAUUCGAGGUAAUGAAAUGGCACAAAUGGGUCAUUAUGCCGCUGCUAUAGAUCUUUUCACAGAAGCAAUACGACUUGAUCCAAGUGAUUUUCGAUUCUUCGGAAAUCGUUCUUAUUGCUAUGAAAGAAUACAGCAAUAUGACAAAGCCUUAAAAGAUGCUGAAAAGUCCAUAUCAAUAUCUUCAAACUGGCCAAAGGGAUUCUUUAGAAAGGGUCGAGCUUUGGCUGGACAAAAACAAUAUUCCAAAGCUGAAGAAGCAUUUCUACAAGUGAUACAAUUAGAUAUAAAUUGUGAAGAUGCAAGGCAGGAGUUACUGAAAGUACAAAUGCAUCAGCUUACUGAAAUGGGUUUUACAAAAUUGCAGGCUGAAGCUGCCAUCACACAGUAUGGAACAGUGCAGACAGCUUUGGAUUCUCUAUUAGCUGGAAUUGUGGCUGACAAUCUCAAUAAUGGUUUGGGUUCAGAAAAAGAAUUUUCUAUCAACAAUUUGAAUCACAUUACAAUAAACAGCUCAUGUUCAUCACCCAUGGAUACCAAAAUGGACCCAGCAAAUCCCGAAGGAUUGACAGCAUUGUGGGUAGGAAAUGUUUUACCUGAAGUGUCAGAAAAGAAAUUAAACCAGUUGUUUUCAAGGUAUGGACCUCUAAGCAGUGUACGUUGUUUACCUGACAGGUUUUGUGCUUUUAUAAAUUUUAAAACUAAAGAAUCAGCUGGUAAAGCUAUGAAUUCUUUACAGGGAGUGGAGUGUGGUGGCCAAAAACUGUUGAUAAAAUUUCCUGAUAAUCCAAUAAUUAAUGUAGGAAAUGUCACAAUACUAAAAGCUUCUACUUCUAACAAUAGCAAAAGAUUCCGUUACAAUUUACCAAAACAGUCUGGUCCAGUGAAUGGUAACGAAUGCUACUUCUGGAGAACAACAGGCUGCCAGUUUGGUGACAAGUGCCACUACCACCAUUUUCCUGAUCACAAAGGUAUCGAUUUGAAACCCUGGCACAAAGUGAAGUAGUAUGCAGCUGCAACCAUCUGACUUUCCUUAGAUAUCCAAUAAAUCAUUUAAAAAUAUGUAUACAGACAUGUACAGACACACAAACUAUACACUGCUUCAUUAAAGGAUUCUUUUUAUAAUAAUAUCCUACAGA